AUGUUACGUCGCUUAAUACCGUCUAUUGUACAAAUCCGAGGUGUUAAACAGUUGGUCGAUACAAAAUGGGUUAGACCUGAAUAUGUGCCUGCUUAUAAACCAGAGAGAUCUGGUGAUCUUGAGGGUUUACCAGUAAUACCACCAAGUGCUUUACCUGAAGAAUAUGCGCUGAGUGAGGAAAUUAAGAAUGCGUCGGAGGCGGUGAAGCAAAUAUUUUCGAUUGAACAUAGAGGGAAGAAAGAAUACAAUAAGCUGGUGAAAAAGGAAUUGAUAAAUAGAAUAAGAAGACACCAAUAUGAUGAAAACACGGCAGAAACAAGAAUUGCAAGAAUAACGGGUCACAUCCGCUGCUUGCAAGACACAUUAGAAAAAUUCCCAAGAAAUGUGCAGGCUAAGAAAACAGCUCAAGAACUUAUAGAUAAAAGGAAAAAACUGCUGAAAUUCCUCCGUCAAUAUGAUUAUAAAAAGUUUGAAUGGCUACUAGAGAAACUUAAUAUUGUUUAUAAAGCACAUCCUGAGUCCUUACACAAGCUUUCACGUAAGGAGUCUUUACGAAAAUUAACUGAGAUGCAUUGUGAGGAGAUCCGUCAGGGGAAAUUAACAGAAUAUAGGAAUCUACUGGAGAGUCAGCAAGGUCCGUUCCUCAAAGAUAAAAUUGAUGCUUUAAAACUGAUUAGAAGCGAGCAGAUUGAAUUGCAACUACCGAUAACUGUAACUGAACAGGAUAUAAAGAAAGUAGAGCAACAAUUCGAAGAAUGGAAAAUCAAGGAUGACCUUAAGCAACAGGCCAGGAAGAAAAAGAAAAACCUUCUAUUAGAAUAA